UCCGACUCGAGCGAUGUCGAUACAAUGUAAUGAAGGAAUCAAUUAUUCAGACUCUUUCUCUUCAUCUUCUCUCUUUCUCUUUGUGGCUGAGUACGCUAGUAACUAGGACUACCUAGGCCAACGUGGUCUUUCUUGUUGGAUCGCCUUUUUAGUCGUUUCCUGUCGACUGUUCCAUUGCGUGGGAUUUGUACCAAUCACAAUAUGAAGGCCUCGUCAAGCGCUGCUUCACCUUCAACAGCUCCCGCUACGUCAAAGCCUACUAUCCACCGCACGAGAACCGGGGCUCGGGGGUCUCAUAGCCGCGUCUGCGUGGUGACGGGGAGCCCGAUCGCGAAGGAGAAUGGUAGGGAUUUAUCUUCACGGAAGAUAAAAGCGAACUCCCUCAGUGGAGAUGACGGGUUGCAAGACGACAUAGAAGCUGCAACAAGCCAAACCACACUGAACACGGAAAUUGUCCCCGCUGCCUACAUUCUGAACGGAAAACCGCGAAAGAAAAAGAAUGAGAACCGAUUCGGGCUCGACUUUGAGGAAUCUGAAGCGGCUCUGAAGAACUCCCGGGAGCGGGCGAAUGACUGGAAGAGUGAAAAUGAAGACCAGGGAGAGUUGGAUAGAAAUGAACAAUCCUCGGACGCGGGCACACUCUCGUCCACCCGUGCUUCUUCGACGACCAACGAUCGGCACACUGCAAAUUGGCGAGGCGCGGCGGUCUGGAUCAAGAAGGUUUUUCCGCCGAGCAAGGGAAAGGUCACGCUGCAGCAGCAAGACUUUUUGAGAAGUCUGUUGGGUGAUGUUGAUCAACAGGAGAAAGGCGGGGAAGUCGUUCUUGGUGGUGCUACUGGGUCUACGGCAAACGUGGGAAAUCGAAAGUCUGUUUCGUACGACGAGGAUGCGCCCACAGUCGUGUCCGGUUUCCAAAAUCUUGUGCAAGUUUCAGAAUCGUCCGAACAAGAUAUUCAUGAUCCACAGCAGGAUCAGAUGUCCCUGCAGAUUCCAACGCCACUCACCAGCGAAACUGAGCGACUCAUGUCAGAACCAGAUGAAGCGCAACAUCCUGUCGCACUCGCCCCUCCGGAGCCGCUCUCCCCGGUGAAAUCGGCGACCCAUUACUACUUAAGCGAAACCGAUCGCCGGUCCCGAGAAAAGAUCGAGCACGUGUUCCGGUCAAGCUUCGGGGGCGGAAGAAACAACAGCAUCUACACUUCGGAAGACCCGGCGUUGGUUUGUCCGUACCUGUACAUUGGCAGCAUGGCAAUCUGUACCAGCUCCAUUUUGAAACGACACAAGAUCGACUACUUGGUAAACGCCUGCGCCACCGUGACGAGCAUGUCUAGCUGUAAUAGCAAUUGUUCCACCGGCGGAGCAGGAGGUCCAGGAGCAUCGUCUUCACCACCGGCCGCUACACCGUCGCAUCAAGCCUCUUCGUCCACCAUAGCCGGUCCGCUCCGUCCAACCUUUUCCCUCGCCCUCGCGGACCACCCGAAGUACGCUUUAAACCGUGAUACUAUGGACGACUUAGUGCAGUUCAUCGACGACGCCCGGGCCCGAAAGAAAACGGUGCUGAUUUUCUGCGCCCGCGGCGUGUCCCGCUGCGCCACGGUGUGCUGCUGGUACUUGUUGUGCGCCAGGUUGGCGACUUCGGUCAAUGGUGCUUUGGCGCUGGUGCAGAAGAACCGCCCCAUUUGCGAUCCGAACAAGGGAUUUCGAAAGCAGCUGAAGGACUUAGAACUGGAGAUCCGGGAGUUCACCGCCAUCGGAGACGAAUUCUUGAAAAUUGACAGUUGGGAAAGGAAAAAAAUGGUGGUGGACCAGCUCGUUGGGUCUUGAGAAAAAAAAAAUUUCACCUCAAAGAAACCAUAACGGUGAUUUAUGGUUUGUAGUUUUAUAAACCUUUCGAUUUCCUGCACCUGCUUGCUGUUUCGAAUUUGAAUUAUCGCAUUCGGAGAUGAACUAGAUUUGCAAGGAGAAAAAUGUAAAAUUUCUUUACUAACAGCCGCUGCUCGUUACGUGAAACAAACAGACAGCAAAAACUCGUGACUUGCUGAGCUCGUUGUUUACGUUUAUAACGAGGACCGUGAAUGAGAAAGAUGAU